AUGGGGUUGAUGGCGCCGCAAUCCGCUGACAACUUGGAGAGGGCUGACAAGAUUGGCAUCACACGGGCCCAGCACACCAAACGCGAUCAGGAAAGAAGCACGCAGGAUUCUCCUCGGAAGGCGGAGGGUGUCUCCCAUCCUACCGGCGGCGGCGGCGGCGGGGACGGGGGCGGCAGUGGUGGUCGGAACAGCACCCGGCGUAGUAGAGGCAGCCGCAACCCUAACGGAAAUCGCCGUGGCGAAGCCAAAAACAGCAAGCGCGGCGGGAGAGAACGUCGCAAAGGGGGCGGCCGUGAAGGCAGCAACACUGGGGAUAACAGCCAUGGCGGCAAGAGCCAUGUGCGCUGUUUCCGAUGUGGCCAGAGGGGGCACUUCACGCCCACGUGCCGUGUUGAAAAAAGCGAUCUCCCCGCCAGGUGCGAUACCUGCCUCGGGUUUGGCCAUGACGCGAGCGUGUGUACCUCCGAAGCAGAACCGUCGAUCGAAGCCCCUCCUCUGAAGGAGAAGGCCGCUUUCAGCGAGGAAGCGGUCGUGGAAAGAGCACAACGACCAGGCAAGCUUGAUUUGGGUGGUCCAGUCGAGGUUGAGGAGGUGGUCAGGCUGUGCAACACGGAGGAUUUUGUUUUCGGUUCUGCCGCUGCCUACCACUGUCUCGCAACGGCGGAUGGCAUCCGUAACUAUCGCACAUGUACCGGAACCCUCUGUGAUGCGGCUUGGAACCCAAUCCAAAUUGUUGGUUGUGGCGACUUGGUUGUAUCAUUUCCCUCUGACACGGGGCGGGUAAACCUGACAUUGAAAAACGUGAAACACGUACCCCAAGUAAGCCGCAACAUCAUCUCUACUGGGUGCUUGGUAGACGAGGGCCACACUUUCCAAUUCGACAGGAACGGGACUAUGCUCAACCUCGCGGGAGGAGGAUCAUUGCUUUUCCCAUAUCAAGAGCCUGAAAAUGGGGUAGGGAUUUCCUUAGCCAUAUUCGACCCUGAGCAUUUUUAG